AACAGUUAGUCCCGGUCCGCUAAUUUGAUUGGUCGAGCGCUUUAUAUUUCCUAUAACCACACCGGGACCCUUUCCCCGUUUGUAUCACCGUCAGCGGACAUGGCGAACGAUCAUUCUUUGGAAUAUAGCUAGACUUAAAAUACGAAAACUCAUAAGAAGGGAAGCCAAUUUUACCCGAAUGAUCACAUUAACACGUUGACACUAAGUAGGUGGAGAAUGCAGAUCUGAGGAACCUAUUGAAGAUGCUAAGCAAACGCUAGGCCCAUGGUAAACCAGAGCAAAAACAGGACAGAGGACUAUUCCUCAAAAUAUGGAGAAACGAGGCAGACAAGGCAAAGAUGAUAUGCAAAAGUCAAGGUUUAAACAGCUCAGAACUUAUUCAAAUGAAUAUGAAAAUGCUGAGUUCCAUGUCAGUGGCAGUCCUUUGUAUCAUCUGUGUAGUCUGUUAAGAGGAUAAAGAAAUGAUAAACGAAGAAGGAUGUUUUAAAGUCCGGGUUGGAUCCCCACGUUGGUGGCGUAGUGGUGCACUGUCCCUGGCUGGUGUAACAGUUCAUUCAUAUGAAUUCAUUUUCAAAUAACGUCAGGGUUCCAUUUCAUGUUUCUAUGAUAUGUGUGUGUGUGUGUGUGUGUGUGAUUUAACUGUACUAUCGGUUUCUAGGGUAAGGAGCAUUUCACUGGACACGGUGUUUGUUUCUGAUUGGCUCAUUUUGCAGACCUACGACGCUCGGACAAGACUGAAAGUCAGGCCCGAACUCCCGCCCAGAGUUUCCAGCCUGCCGUAGCCUGCCGUAGCCUGCCUUGCUCCCGACUCCCAGGAUGACAUGACUGAGCGGUGGCCAUAUCUGAAGAGGAAGAAGAGUGAGGAUGUUGUGGAAUGUUGGAGGUGGUUACGUGUGAUUUGUGCUUGGAGAUUGUUUGUUUUGUGUUGCUAGGAGAUCGUUUGGUUUGUGUUGUUUGCCCUUUAUAUAAUUCACAAUUCUAUAUUCUGACUGCUGUUCUGGGAUUUGACUCUUGCCUGGGGGUGGACUGAUUUUGGUCGUUCCUGUAUCUGGUUGUAUAUACUCUUCGUCAGUGUAUACACGUUCCCUUGGUUCACUGGCGGUAGGGGUGUGGCUGCCAUUUCUUUUGGGAGAGGGUUCUUUUGUCUCUAUUUUUUGGCUUAGGGAGUUAGGGAAGUAUUUGUAUUUUCUUUUUAGGUAAGCUAGCUACGUAAUAAUAGAAUCCUUUUGUUUAUUAUUUUGGCUUUUGGCCCACCCUGAAGUUAUGCCUGGUUUGGUUCUUUGUAGAAUUGUAUGUAUAUAAUUCUGUGUUUUACAAUAUAUCACAACUUUUUGUUUUGAACAGCCUUGUUGUGUUGUUAUUCCCGGCUCCCUCAUUUUUAAAGGUCAAAUUCCACCGAAUCCCGAGCUGGUUACUCUGUGCGGCCUAACCUAGACUGGGCCGUAAUAAGAGGAACUAACUUGUUUCGUGGACAUUUUUUUUAAGCAUGCUACCGCUUAUUAGUAAAUUAAACAUUUUAAUUGACAAAUUGCGUGAUAGGACGAAUAAAACACUUCGGGAUGUGCUGUUAUAAGAAAAUAAUCAAUCGCACUGCCUUGUUGUUGACUAAGUUUUAUUCCUACCAUACAAAGCCAUUCCCUGAUAUUUUUUUUUUUUUUUUUUUUUUUUGUCCUGCAUUAGCUCAAGACCUUUGUUUUGAUGAAUAGCAUUCAUUAAAUAGUUUUUUUUUUUCACCCUAGUUUUGCGUAGUUCUCCUAUUCUUUUUCUACAUUUGGAUAAUGUCUUAUGACCAUGCAAAGUACAUGACUCUAUUUCUUGCACAUGUCCUUAUAAGGCGAUGUUGCAAACGUCUCAGAAACGUGACCUGACUCGGGACUAGGUUCAUGAACCCCGUCUCCGACUAGGGAAAUAAACGUUAUUGUUUUGCGUACGAUUCCUGCCGCAUUGUAAUUUACUGUGUCCCGCUCUUUGGUGUCAGGAAGUCCAAUCUGCAGUCUGUUUCGAUGUCUGACACUCUUUUUGACGUCCUCUUAUUCCUCUGUUGCUGAAUAAUCAACUCAAUAGUAGCUGAUGGAAAUGCACAUCAUCCUACAUGAUCCUUUGGCGACCUAAAGCAUUCAGAUGGAGACUCUGGUGUUUCUCGUACAGAUAAAAACAGGCUCAUGAAAUUGGAGGGGGAAAUGUUUCACAGCGAAUACACACUGCCCCCUGUCUUUCACAGUGCACAAACACACACACACCACACACACACACACACACACUGAUCGAGUUACUCAGAUCUUUGUCUUGGCAAGAGUCUAUAUCUGUACCCGUUUGAUUGCUUGCAUUUGGCGACUUCUUUUCGGUUUCAUCCUAAAGCGUGUUCAGGUCAUCGUAACAGCACUUAUCGGCACUGCGUCAUGGCUGUGGGUCAGCAGUUUCACUAAGCUACACCUGGCUCCUCUCCGAACCUCGGUGACACAGCAGGACAACUAAGAGACGAGACAGCGAGGGAUUCAACAAGCGUACACACCUGCAACAUGAGUGCCGUGGAGAAGGAGUGACUCCAACAAAAUAUCUCAGAAUCCUCUCCGUCUACUCCUGCUGUGGGGUUCCUGAGGUCAAAGGUCAGGAUGAUGCGAAGGAUCCUCCGCGACAUGUACGUGGAGCCGGAACUGCUGGCCGAGCUGAACGAGGAACAAAAGCAGAUCCUCUUCUACAAGAUCCGGCAGGAGCAGGUCCGGCGCUGGAUGGAGCAGGAGGCUCGAGAAGAAAGCUCAGAGAAGAACUCUGCUCCAUCACUGAGACAGGGAGUGAGAAAGCACAUUCGCUGGCUUUCUGGCAUUGAUGGUGAGGUGUGGGUGUGGGUCAUGGGUGAAGCUCCUGGAGAUAGAUCUUACGAGCAGAUCAUCAAAAACCUGAUGGAGGAGAAAGCACGGAGGCAGGCCCAACUAGAGGCUCGGGAGCUGUGGCGAAAGAAAGAAGCCGAGAUCAAGCAGAAGUUCAGGGACGCCAUCGCUAAAGAGAAGGCACGUCUAGUAGCCGGGAAGUGGAAAGAGGAAGCGGAGGACAGGAAGGCGGCCAAACAGGAAGAAGAACGCAUACAGGAGGAGCUAAAGAAACGUGAGGACGAAGAGAGGCAGAAGGGAGAGGAGGAGGUUCGGUGCGCUGAGGAGAAGCGAGUGAAGGAGCUGUACAUGAUGCUACAGCAGGAGCAAAAAAAACAAAGUGAACAUGCUGACCAGGAGUGGGAAGAACAACUGCAGCGCUCCAAGGCGGCAGAUGAGGAGAUGAUGAGGAGAGCACGCUGGGCGAGGGAUGAAUAUAAUCGCCAGUCCAUCCGAGCCAUGGAGAAAGGCCAUUUCAAGCAGCAAAUACCCAUAAGCAGGAGACACAGUGCAGUGGGAAUAGAGCCGUCAGACAAAUCGCAGGAUAAAGUCCCCAAAGAACGUCCUCGACCUGGCCUCCAACCUGCAGAUCCUCCGCUGUACCGCCGCCGACAGAGCCGCAAACACGGCAGCACCGCGUCGCAGCCGCUCAUGGAUAGCCCCUCCUGGGUCCGUGCUCCUCGCCCCAGCUCUAGAGAAUCGGUCAUACUGUGGUUCUCUGAGGACCAGAAGCCGAAGAGGGCUGGAUAUGAACGGACGAGCGGCACCGUCGCCACGUGGUUUCAUGGAAUAAUUACACGUGAGGAAUCUGAGAAAUUACUGAUGAACGAAGCUGAAGGCUCUUUCCUGGUGCGAGUCAGUGAGAGGAUUUGGGGUUACAUCCUGUCAUAUCGCACAGCCACUGGCUUCAAACACUUCCUGAUUGACGCCUCGGGGGAUUAUUACAGUUUUCUAGGAGUGGACCAGAACCGCCACGCCACUCUCGCUGACCUCAUCGACUUCCACAAGGAGGAAGUCAUUACCACCACUGGAAAGGAGCUGUUAAAGGUGGCGUGUAGGCAUACUGCACCCCCUGGUGACUACGGAGGACUCUUCCCAUGAGCACAAACGUUCCUCUGAACUUUCACAAUCAUUAUUUAUUAACUCUUAGAUGCUAGUCUCGAUAAGCUAAUGUAUUUCAAAGGAAAUGGAAAGGGAUCUCUCGAGGAGUAUGGGAAAACUUAUUGUAAACAUGCAGUGGAGCACGGAAAUGGAAAUCUGACCCUCUAGACCAUGGGUGUCCAGCCUUAUCCGGAAAGUUCCGGUGUGGUUGGGUGCAGGUUUUCAUCCCAACCGAGCAGGAGCCACACCUGAUUCCGGCUGUUUAAUCAGUUGAUCUUGGCGUUCAGUAGACUCAGGUGUGACUAUUGCUUGGUUGGAAUGAAAACCUGCAUCCACACCGGAACUUUCCGGAUAAGACCGGACACUAGACGAUUAACGGUGCGUUCGAUUAAAGGUCGUCAUUUCCGAACUGUUUAAUUCCUUUCCGGCUACAUUUAAUGUUGAAUCUCGAACAAACCAAGUUCAGAUUCUGAAUACAUUCCACGGAAUUAGAUAAGACCGAAACGACAAAAUCUUUGAACUUUUUUUUUAUUUCUAUCAUUUUACGCCAUCGCGUUCCAGUUGUUUUUGCAGUAUUAACCUCCGCUGGAGUCCGUUCUGAAUAUUUUCACAUAUUCAUGCACUGAUGAGCAACCACAUGCAAACCGUAUCUCAUGAGAAAAACUGAAAAUUAAACUUCCGUUUAUAAUUCAGUACAUCCCAGGGGUGCACGAGCGGGGGGGGGCAAAACUGAAAAGGGAAUAAACACUGCAAAAGAUCUCGAUUACAUGGUUUCAUUUGAACAUUUUAGAUGCUUUAUUUACUGUAGUAAUAGAGUUGAAGCUUAUGAGCAGUAAGCGACAGACUUGAGAGCCACGAGACUUAUUACGCAAUAACAGAAGCGGUUGUUGAAAUGGACGACACACAACGCUCGUUAUUAAAGACCGUUCUGUUCACUGAGGCGCGUUUUAUUGAUACGCAACACGGAACAGAUGAAACGGCGCUCUGUGAGAUCUCUCUACACGCACUCGUCCAGGCUGGUGCUUUGG